AUGCGAAGUAAAACAGAAAUUGGAAGUGAUUCGAAUUCUGUUUUGAAUAUAUUUGAAUCCUCAGGUUUAACUGAAAUUGCAAAAAGAAAGGAAGGAAAAUGGAUGAUACGUUGUAAUCGUUGUAAUGAGCCGAUCACACGAAAACAAACUCUUAUGCAUAAUGUAAUCUAUUCAUUGAAUAAAAUAUGGCAUCGAGAACAUUUCACUUGCAUACGUUGUAAUUGCCUGGUCGGUUAUGAUGGUCGAUCAUUUCGAAAAUGUCGCAGCAAUAGGAAUUAUCCGAUCUGUAUUGAUUGCUAUAUGGAAGAAUAUCAUCCAAAAUGCAAUGUUUGUAAGAAAGCUUUACGAGAGACAUGUGUAAAAGCAAUGAAUAAAUUAUGGCAUAGAUGUUGUUUUACAUGUACCAAAUGUCAUUCACCUUUCGCAAAUGGUGAAUUUCUCAUUUUCAAUGAAAAACCAUAUGAUAUUGAUUGUUAUUAUCUUACGAAAUAUGAUAGCGAACUUACACCAAUAACUGGUAGUCAAGGAGGUCCUAUUGCUGCUGACUUCACUGGAACAACAUUUGAUUACAAAAAAACUGAGCAAGAAAAAUAUACACAAAAAUCGCAAGAUGUAAUAUCGCAACCACAGUUUCGUGCAAUAACACAAAUCACUGAAAUCAAAAAGCAUCCGUCAUCUAUGAUACCGUUACCUGUGUAA